AAUGCGAAUAGUGUUCAUAGAAGACCUCAUCGGAGGCACAUUUCAGCUCUUUUGUUUUAACGCGCUGUUGGUGGUACAGGGAUUACAAGCAUGAGAUCCCUAAAUUUGUUGCUACUCAGCGCCAGCUGCGCGCUUAUCCUCAGCAUAGCCUACGCACAUCCGCCAGAGGGUGUGUGGAAGAAGAAGCUAACAUGGAAGGAAGAUUGGGUGCAGGUGUGGAAGACGAUCAAAAAAGAGGCAUGGGAAACCAAAUGGAAAAAGGUUUCGGUGCCAAUAUGGAAGGAAGUGCAGGUGCCCGUUUGGAAAGAGGAGAAAGUGCCUGAUUGGAAAAUCAUAAAGAAGCCAAAAAUUGAGGAGCGCGAAGUGCCCGCAUGGAAGGACGUCAAAGUGGCCGAAUGGAAGAAAGUGACGAAACCCAUUUGGGUGCCCACCAAGGUGGCCGUGUGGAAGGAAAUUCAGGUGCCCGUCUGGAAGGAGAUCCAAGUGCCCUUCUGGAAGGAGAUCCAGGUGCCCGUGUGGAAGGAAGUACAGGUUGCAGACUGGAAGCAAAUGUUCGAGCCACAAUGGGUGAAAAUGGGCAUACCUGGCGAAAAGUUCCUGGGCAAAGAUCACGAGGGCUGGGAAUACACCAGUCACGAUCUGUGGCGCAAGAAGCUCAUCUGGAAGCCAGUGUGGAAGAAGGUCUGGCGCACUGAAAAGAAACAGGAAUGGCGCACCGAGAAGAAACAGGAAUGGCGAACCGAAAAGGUACAAGAAUGGAAGACAGAGAAAGUGCAGGAGUGGAAGGAAGACAAGAAACUCGAAUGGAAGGAUGAAUGGGUGCAGGUGUGGAAGAACACCAAGAAGCAAAUCUGGAUCAAGGAGAAGCGCGAAACAUGGGUAGAGGAGAAGGUACAGAUCUGGCGCACUGAGAAGAAACAAGUCUGGGCCACCGAGAAGAAGCAGGCGUGGAAGGAUGAAUGGCAAUCGGUGAAGGUGCCUGUCUGGAAGGAGGUCAAAGUGCAGGAGUGGAAAAAGGUCUGGAAGCCAGUGUGGGAAAAGGUUUGGGUGCCAAUCAGCCACGGUCACGGCUGGGACUAAGUGACAGGCGCUCUCUUCACAUCUCGCAAGUCUAUGCGACAGCACUGAUACAUAACUAAUAACUGCCCCACUCCUGGCUUCCAUGGGCCAAAAGCAAUUGUUCUUUGAUUGCUUUUGGCUGCCGCAAAUUGUUAAUACUUAAGUCUAGCAUUGGCAUUACCUCAUCCCGAAUCGUUUGCAUUUCUGUUGACACAUUCCGUUUACUUCUCAUUUCAUCUGCCCUCUCUGCUUCACUUGUAUCUAUAUCUUAAGUGUACGAAUUAGUCAUGCGCGCGUUUGUUGUCUCUAAGUUAUGAGAAUUGAUAAUUGGCCUUUUGGAUUUGCCAUUGAAAUUCAACUUCAAUGAAGAAUGAAGCUCAAAUAUUGUAAAAAAAAAAAACAUACACACAAAUAAUCGUUGAAGGUUUGUAAAUAUGUACCUUACCGAAACCCUUAAACAUAUAUUGUUAUGAACAUCGUAAACUAUUGUACAAAAUUUCAUGUAAAGCGAAAAACUUACAAAAAAAAAAAAAGAAAUUAUAAAAAUAAUAAAAAA